CUUUUUAGGCUCGCGCCACCUUCGUUAAGCUUAUCGCCCUUUUCUGUGUCUUUCCUUUGUCCGGCGGAGGCAAGAAGAGAGAGAGAGGGACAGCAGGCAACGACAGACGGAACGGAACGGUGACGCGGACCUGCGCUUUUUUCUCUCUCUUUCUCUCAAUAAAGACGGAGCAGCUCCGCCUUUUGCCCUCUUCUUGACUCCACCACACGGGCGCUGGGGCUCCACUCCUCCGAUCUCUCCUUCGACGCUGGGAGUAUCACGAAAUUGUUUGAUCGACAGUCUGCUGCACCAUGGCAGACGUUGAGGCUGCGGCGGCGGCCAAAGAGCAAGCCUCAAAGGGAACAACACAGGCCGACGUAGACCGAGCAGCGGCAACGGUGACACCAGGCGACGUGAACAGCAUGUCGCCCGAGAUCAUCGACAUGGACAUUUUUGGCCAGCUCCUCGAGAUGGACGACGAGGACGACCGAGAGUUCUCCAAGGAAAUUGUCUGGAACUACUUCGAUCAGGCCGAAAGCACCUUUUCCAAGAUGGACCAAGCGCUGUCGAAAAAGGACCUGCCGGAACUGUCGACAUUGGGGCACUUUCUCAAGGGGAGCAGCGCGGCCGUCGGCGUAAUCAAGGUUCGGGACAGCUGCGAGUACAUGCAGCACUACGGCAAGAAAGCAGACAAGGACGGCAUCACGGAAUUGUCUGCUGAGGCGGCCUUGGAGAAGCUCACGACGACGCUCGAGGGCGUCAAGAUCGAGUAUAAGGAGGCAGAGGUGGCUCUGAGGAAAUUCUACGAAGACGACGAAGGCGAAGACGGGGAGAAUGAGGCAGAAGAAGACGAAGAGUAAAGGUUGCAGGGAAUUUCAAUGCGAAGACUUAGAGUCUCUUCGACCACCAGCAUCACCACCACAGCAGUGCGAGUGCGCCCAACUGUCAAAGAAAGAAAGAAACUGUAUCAUUUUUUUUCCUCCUCCUUGUCUUGUUCGUACACACUCUCUUUUCACUCCAAACAACUCCCCCUUGCUAUUUGUCUCAUUUCGUAAAGACGGCGGACAGGAGCGAGGUAGGCUCCUCAGUAACGAAUGC